AUGUCUUCGUUCAGCUCUGCCCCAGGCGAUGGCGCUGGCGACCAAGAACAAGGCAGUCGCAACACUUUGCUGUCCGCCAGUUCGCAGGCUUCAUCGUCAGAUCUUCGUAGAGGGUGCCGACUCUCGAGUACAGCCGGUAUCUUUGAUCUGGACGAUGACAACAUCGAUGCAACAGCAGGGAGCGGUCGUCGAGCCAGCAACACGCGCGUCUCUUUGCUUGGUAGCAGCUCGCCUCAUGGCUCUUUGGCUGAACGCGGGAGCCGCGACUUGUUUGAUGUACAAGAGGAAGAAUCAUCCGCCAACCCGACUACAUCGUCUCCACCAGCUCCAACUUCCGCCUCCAACACAUCGAGCCAAGCUGCUGGUCGAAGCAGCCGACUCAGCGUAGAUAGUUUCGUCUCAGCGACGCAAUUUACCGACCCUUUCAGUCCAGCCAAUCGUAGCAGAACCAGCCCCGGAUCAAGAGACUUUGGCCGCCUAGAACCAUCACCAUCCUUUCACAGCGACAACGACACCGUUGGCCCCAAAUCAUCGCCUUUAUCGACAGGUCCCAGCCCAUCAGCUUCGUCACCAUUGAGCGCAGCUGCUCGUUCUGCAUCCGACCAUAGUUCCAGCCUGCGCAGCAUCAUCGAGAUCGGCUCGCCCUCGCCAUCAUCAUCAUCGUCAGCAUCAGCAUCAGCAUUAGCAUUAGCAUUAACAUCAGCGUACAUUGAAGGCAAACAUCCUCGAUCCGAACAGCCUCCUUCGCCUACUCGCACUUUCAAGCCUUCGCGCGUUGCAUCCAGCGAUCCUCGCUCGACGAGCAAACCUUCGCUAGCGACAUCAGCUACAUCCUCGACAGAUACAGGCAAGAGCUCUCCACCGGCCACACAACCUCAGAACGUCUCGCAGCCCUCAUCUUCUGCUGCCACCGCAGAAACUGCCCAUGCUAGCACUUCACCUCCGCCGCUGAGCAGUCCACCGCCUGGCUUCCCUCUCAGUCCUCCUUCAGCAGCUCUCAAGGCGCUCAACCGCAGCUCUUCCAAGAGGAUGUCGUUUGACACGGCUCCUUCCUUCUCCAGCCCACUCGCUUUCGCAUCCAUUCUUCCCAACGAUGACGAUGUCAACGAUGACGAGACUCUCAACGAGGACAAUACUGGUGCUCGUACUCAGCAUAGAGUCACAUCAGACCCAGCAGUAGCAGUACGACGUCGAACUCAUGGAUCCACUUCUUCCUCUCAGGGCAGUCAUACCCAGCCUCUGUCGCCCACUUUGCCAUCGUCUGUCGCCUCUGCCUCAUCUCAACCAGCUCGUCGUCAGCGCAGACAGACGGGCUCUGACUCGGCUGCAUCCGACACUGUCGACGAAGCAACUGCACAGCGCUUCAGCUUCGAGCAGCGACCUUCCAACCGCAAAGAUGCAUCAGCACAGUUGCCAUCGGCCGAUACCGCCAGUGCUUCGCCUCUUGCCAGAACAUCUGUGCGUCUCGACCGCAAUCGAUCUACCUCCAAUCCGCUCCACAAAGCCAUCCUGAACAAAACUCCAUCGCGGCAUUCACCUUUCCCAAGCGGCAACCUAGCUGACGACGAUGCAUCUUCAGUAGCUUCCGAUGACUUUACCACCACCGGCUCCAACCUCACACGCAAGUCCUCCGUCACAAGCUCGAGCGGCUCCAUGGGUCCACCAGCCGUGCCGCGACGUGUUGGAGGAGGUGCAACCGGCUCGCCAGCACUAGAGCCUGCCGACCGCCCCGUCUCCACCAUUGCGAUGGGCAAGCGCAAGGAAGACUCUUCACUAGGACUUGGCAUUCCUUCCAACCCAUCACCGCUCUCAUCGGGCUUGUCGGUCGGCUUGCCAGCGUCAAGCUCAUUUCACUCGAAUUCGCCGACGCUCGGCUGGGAGACACGUGGCAGUCGCAGCAACUCGGGCGCCUUUGCUCCUUCCAGUUUAACAGCACCUGGUACAGCCACUGGGGGAGGCAGCGCCAUCUUGCACUCGACACGGCGCAGGCGUAUGACUUCUUCGUCGCUUAGCUCGAGCGUUCAUCGACGCGCUCGUUCUCUCGGCGGUGUGCUGCUCGGCGAAGGCGCAAUCUCGCCUGUAGGAGGCCCCGAUGGUGUCGAUCCCAACCUGGUCGCAGCCAUUGAAUCAGGCAGCCCCAGCAUCCCUCUGCCCGUCCCGAUUCCUGCGACAUCAGCUUCUCAACGCUCCGGUAGUAUCAGCUCCUCUGGCACACAAGGCGCCGGCUCAUCGCUCUCGAGCUCAGGACUAGGCUCCUCAUCCGUGCCCUUUGGCUCAGCUCUCGCAAAUCGAUCUUCAUCACACCGCAGGUGGAACUCGCAGGUCAUCGAAGACGAUCAUGUACCCAGAUCCGAGGCAGCGUCCGGAGCUACCCUGUCUCCCGGACACACUCGAUCGCGAGUUCGCAGCCAGACGCUUGGAGUCCCUCCUUCGUCAGUUGCACCUGCAGCAGCACAGGCAGCAGCAAUGGUCGAUGCACAGACACCGGCUUCGACAGGGCCAAGCCCAUCAGGAAAGACUGGUGGAUCUGUCGGUUUGGCUGAUGCGAUUCGACUCCAACGUGUGCCCACAGCAGUACGACUGGCCGGUGAUCUCUUUGUACCGCCGCCACCUUCACCACGGACAAUGCCCAAGAGCGCAUCCAGCGCCUCGAUCGAAUCGCCGCUCGCUCGAUGGACAGCAUCAGGGCCGAACUCAGCACAGCAGGCUGGCUCGCUGGUCAUGAGCGGUGGUGGUCAGGGUCACGGACUCGGACUCGGCUUUGCUUCAGAUUCUUCCCCAUCACCUACUCCUCCCAGCCGUCUCAAUGUUCCUCAGACACCUAAUGCCACACGGACCAACUCACCAUUGGCCUUUAGGGUCUCGUACGGUGCAGAAGAUGCCAUGACAUCCGGUCGCUCAUCAGCUUCCAUGGAACGACUUCGUACCGACGAUAUCGCUUUGCCCGGUCGCGACAGCCGCGGUCAUCCUCUUUCCGUCUCCAUCCCGAUUGGAAGGAACUAUGCACCGACAGCCAGCCUGCCCAGCUCGGCCAUCCUCGGAUCAAGGCCACCGACUCUCGUCCCGCCCAAGUCCGAGCUACUGGAUGUGCCUACCAGCAUGCCUCGCCAUGCCGGUCUGCCCGCAAGUACGAGCGCCUACUCGCCACUGCUUUAUCUCACCACCUCUUCUGCUCAGACAAGUCCGAUCGUCGAGAGACGACCAAGACUGUCGCCGAGUCGAUCGAACACACAGCGCAUGUCUUGGGGAGCUCAAGAGCUCUUUGACAGCUUGGUUGAGACGUCAGAAGGUGGUGAGCAGCACAGCGAUGCGACUACGAAGGAGAACAAACCAGCACCGUGGAUCGCUUCGACUCGAGAUGAACCUGGAAGAGCAUCACUUGCACCUGUCAACGCCAGUUUGAGCCAGAGAAGGAUGACUCAAGGUAAUCUGUCGAGCUCCAUUGGGUCCAACGCUUUGCUUGGCAUUCCUGCACCUUCACGGCGUGUUCAUCGACCGAGCGACGCAGCGCUCUUCACUCCAGGAGGCGUCUCUCCAGCUACAGCCCACCGGCCACUGUCGGGAACCGACGAGUAUGCCCGCAUCAUCAUCCAGAGUAGGAAUGCCAAGAUGCAAAAGUGGAGAGCUCAGAACCCGUCUCGUCUUGGGUCGCAACCCGCAGCACGACGCAAUGAAGCGGCAACUGGAUUGGACUCUGCGUGGUUGGCGCGCGACACGAACAACGCUGAUAUGCCAUUGACACCUGGUCAAACGAGCCUUGCUCGUAGAGGCACUACCAUCGGUCUACAGAGGAACUCGAGCAUGCUUGGGGCACCCAUGCCGACUCGGCGCGGUUCUGUGGUCGAUUCGAACGACAGUAUCGAGUCGCAGCUCGAUGAAGAGGAGGAUAGCCAUCGAGGCUUGCAGUCGUCCGCCUUUGCCGAAUUCGAGUGGGUUGACUGGCUUGAUGAGUACCGCAAGAUGAAAGAAGCCAAGCUUCAGUCUGAGCGCGAAGAGGCACAGGCACAGGCAGCGGCAGAAGCACACACAGAACAAGAAUCACAGGCACAGGCAGCCGCCAGUCCUGCCACGAGCCGAUCCAAAGCCACUGAAGUUGGAGCUCGCAUUCCAUCGGCUUCUCCUCCCCAGCAAAGAAUGGGCAGCGAAAUUGUCGACACCGGUCGUGUCUCUGCACUGCAGAAGCAGCCUGCAGAUGGACACCGCUCCGUCUCGGAUCCCCUCUCGCGUCAGCGACUUCAAACUGCUGAAGCUGCCGACCCAGUGCGAGAUGCAAUCGACGCCGAAGAGGUCGAGGCAUCGCUCGCUGCCCUCAGCAUCAACGAUGGCGACGACAACGAUGCAGCCAAAGGUGGUACAGCACGAUCCCGCAAGCCUCCGCAGCUGGGUCCUACUCGUCGACCUGAAGCACAUUCUCGACAGCCUUCUCGCCCAGGGCUCGAUCCACGACGCAGCUUCUCCCUUGCAAGCGCCGAAUUGUCUCGACGUAGCAGAGAGUCCGGCUCGUCACCUACCACGGCGUCCACUCUCAACUCGUCACCUGGUCCUGUGAAAGCUGCUGGCUUCUCUCCUGUCAGACGUCUCGGUACGGACAAGGGCAAGAAUCUUUCGCUCUCACCCAUCACCAGCCGUGUCACUCCCUCUGCGCAGUACACAAGCGCAUCAGGAUCUGACACGGCGCAAGCACAGGCACAUGCAGCUGGACGUGGACGUCGUAAGCAUCUUGGAGGCAAGAUUGAGGCAUGGUGGAGCGCCGUCAAGUCCGGCUUCACUGCCCCUACCAGUGAAGGCUGGGCCAAAUCGCCCUCGGGUACGCCAUCUCGAACCAACGAGGCUUCAGGUCAGACAGGCCCCAUCGCAGCGCUCUCGCAGUCUUUGCAUCAAAGUCCCUCUACUGCCUCGUCUCGGCAAGAUCGAUCGCUUCACAGCCGUCGAGAUGUUCCGCGGCCAACUCCCUUGUCGUCGACCUUUGCCAACGCCAAUCCGACCAUCGCAACACCGUCUCGUACGCUCGUUACCCAAGUACAGAGCGGUUUUGGCCGUCACGUUCGCUCGCAGACCGGCAACACCGCCCUUAGCGGUUCCGAGUCCGUCCGCACCCUGCGUCCAAGCACUUCGACACAGAAUCUGAGGAAAGACAACGAUGCUGAGAAUAAAGAGCAAGAGGUUGACGCGCAAGAUGUUUCCGCUGACCGCAGCGAACGCAGAUCUGUUUCUCCUAGUGCAGACCUCAGCUUCGUAACUGUUCAAGAAGACAUGUCUGGAUUGAUGGAGCCCCCCAAGUCUGCCUCGUCGCAGCAGAGCCACGAGACUCAUCUGACCGUGAGCACUAGCAGCAGAGGUGAAGGUGGAAGGCGUCGUCAUCAGCCCAAGCUCUCUUUGCAACUCGAAAAAGGUCUCAGCACCUUCGAUGCAGAAGAGUUUGACAAGGUCGGCAAGGGCAAAUCGCCUUCGAAUUCCAACAAUGGCAGUCCGACGAAGCCACCGGUCUCUGCACGUUCGGUCGAAAGUAUUGGAAGCGCAAAGGAAGUCUGCAGAUCGCUCGAGGUCAAGCCUGCACUGCAGCAGCAGCAGCAGCCCAACAUCUUGCCGCGCAAGUCCUCGAUGCAAUUGUCGCAGGCAUGGGAUCGGAGUCCGCGUUCUACCACCAAAGCAUGGCCAGAAGAAUCGACAGAUCGUGAAGGCGGCGCUUUCGAGUCGGACAACGAGGGUCGUGCAGCAGCUAGAGCCAAGGCGGCUACCAAGGCCAUCACCAUCAACUCGAUCCACCAGCACAUCCGUCAUCGACUGCUUGCCUCGAAGGAGAGCUGUGACCGUGAGUUGCGUCGCAUCAUUGGCGCCAUCAACAACUUUGUCGAGAUGGACAUGCAGCGACAGGAAGACGAGAGCCGUCACAGCGUCAUGGAUGACGAUCGUGACGUCGAGGAGCUCGAGGAAGUAUUUGUGGAUGACGACGCGGACGAUGCUGAUGACGCUCCAACACUGCCAACAGGCCAGGGGGCCGAUGAGCUGCCGAAGGGCACCUCGUCGCUUUCGAGGUCUGCGUCCAUGUCACGAGGUGCAAGCAAUUCGUCGUCCUUCUCCGCUGGUGCAGCUGCAGCUGCAGCCGCCAUCACCGGUAGACACGAUGAAGCUCACGAAUCGAGUGACAACACCGACGACACCCUGGGAGAACAGCACGCACGAUCUCCUUCGCGCUCGCUGUUCACCUCGCAGAGUCUUGGUGGGUUGCGCGAGGCCGCAGCGCUCCGAUCCGCGCACGAAUACAAGCUUCCUGCUCCACCGCCCGUCAACUUGGCAGCUGCUACUGCGACAUCGCCACGCACCGUGUCUACCACCUCGUCCAACCCAGCAAAGCCGUCCAAUCUCAACCCACUCGGUCGAGUCAAAUCGCUUAGUCGCUCUGGCGCUCGUUCGAUCUCCAACUCUCGUUCUACCUCACGUUCACACUCGCCUAUGCCAGGUGUGAUGAUGACUUCGAGCGUCUCAGCUUCCUCUGGAUCUCCCCGACUCUCUCCUUCUCGUCGCGCACGUGCGCUACCAGCAGAGGAAACCGGGCCUCAACCAUGGAUGCAACCCUUGGAAGAGCUCGUUGCCGUGGCAAUGGAGGUGCUUGAUGUUUCGAUCAACUCGCUCAUCGUACGUCCCGGCUCUUGCUCGCAGCUCAUCUCGAGGAUCCAGAGCAUCGGUCGGAUGUGGGACGAUCAUCCAGAAUGGGCAGGCCGACCCUGGUUCAUCCAGGUCCUGCUUGCUGUUGCCGGUCUCAGCCGUGUUGUCGAAUGGUGGGAAGCCGAGAAGGGUUUUUGGAACUUCAACGACGAGGACGAGCAGGACGCCGAGCCAAUUCGCUUCAUCCUCGGAGGUCAAGGCGGUGACGCUGCUGGUGAUGCAGGUGACCACGAAGGCGGUACGUCAUCUGGCUUCUGGGCUGCAUCCACGGCUAGCAGCCCCACACGAGCGCGUGCCUUCUCUGUGGCGCCUGUCGGACAAAUGAUCGCGCGCGUGUCGAGCACCAGAGGCACCAACUCACCAGCAUCUGGCUUGGCCCACAAGGACCUCGAACCGAUUCGACAGGAUGCCACUCAGCGGACCGCUUCGCCCUCCCAGGAUCUAGAUAGACAUGUUCAGGAGGGCGAAGAUACCGACGCAGAUGGCGACAUGACGAUCGUCGACCGUGAUCGUGCUCAACCUCAACCGCAACGUCAGACUAGUUCAGGUCAGAAAGCGGUUGGUGACAGUCAAGAUGUCACAGAGUCCGACCGAGUUGAGCAAGGGAACCAAGGUGCAGAUGUUGGCUCAACGAUCGUUGACGAAGAGCAAGACGAUACUGCCAAUGAGGAAACGCCGCAAGUGCCACAAAACUUCCGUUCUGCAGGCAUCAACGUGCUCAUGGAACUCAGCAUGGACGAUCAGCGCCUGCUCUACUUGAGUCCAGCAUGGAAGAUAGUUCUCGGUUCAGACCCUGCCGAGCUCUACGACACGCCGAUCGAAGACUUGCUUGCUCCUGGCGACACUGAUGUUUUCGCCGAAGCCUCCAGACAGCUCGAAGCCAACCAGUCGCACACCGUCGAAGCCGUCUUUCGACUGCGCGUUGAAAAGGCAGUGGUCAGCUCGUCUUCUUCCUCCUCCUCUGCCUCAUCGGACGAUGGGCAGAACGAUGGGAGCGAUGCGGUCUACUUCCAGGAGAUGGAAGGCAAGGGCAUGCUGAUGAUCGAUCGACAGAGCGGCGGUCCAUCACACUCGAUGUGGGUCUUCAAAGCUACAGGACCGCCGGAGCGGGAAGAUCGACUGCCAGACGCUGCGGUAGGCAAGGGCGGUCGCGCGAUGGGUGUUGUCUUGGACGAGCCCAAUGCCGCUCUGGCCCAUGUAGCGUCGAUCUCUGUCGAGCCUGUCCUCUGCCGUAUCUGCGAGCGAGACAUUCCGGCUUGGUUCUUCGAAAAGCACAGCGAGAUCUGCAACGAGACACAUCGGCUCGAUAUGGAGAUUGGCGAAUGCAAUGAAGGACUUCGAGACCUGCGUCGAGCCAUCCAAGAUCUUCACAACCGUCUCGAAGUCUUCACGGGCCAGACUGCCGAGCCCGCGCUUGAGUACCGUGGCGUUGCUAUCUCGACUCCUCCUGCUUCCAAUCAGCCUCCUUCCGCGCUCGAAGGUCUCAACCGCUCCAUCUCGCCGCGUCAGCCACCACCUGCUGCUAUCCGAAAGCAACAUUUGCGUGCGCUCGACUCAGCCAUCGAAGUGCUGCAAACUGUGUGCGAGAUCUCGACGCCAGCGAUCAAGGACGAGUACGUAAACGAACCCAUCGAGAAGCAGCGCCUCCUCUCGCCCACUUCGGAGAACAAGGUGGUCACCGUUCAGCAAUGGCGAAGACCAGCGGUGGAUGACACCGCUCUCGAUUUGCUCAUGACGGACGUUGAGACAGCUAUGCGAGGCAAGCUGAGCGCUGUCAACCGUAUGCUCAACACCAUCGUCUAUGUCGAGACUGUACGACAGGAAUGGGAAGAAAGGGUUGAGGCGGCUCUUUCUGCGUUGUCAGAGGCAGAGGAAGGGACCGGCAGCUCCCCUGGCUCGUCAGUCUCAGGCUCCGAGUCUGGAGAAGACGCCAGCGACGGAGCAAGCGACCGAGAGAUCGCAGAGAUGGUCGAGCAGACACAAGCGCUUGGGCUCACGUCGGAGGAUGACAAGAUCCCGCCCACUCGAGUCGAAGCGACUGCAGGUCAAUCAGUCCCCAUGCAACGAGGAUCCAGCUCGACUUCUGGCAAGGGCCUGUCCUCUCAGGGUAUGGUUUCCAUCGGCCCAUCUUUGGGUCUGUCGUCACCUGCUCCUCGAACACCGGACUUGCCGAUGCAGGUUAGGCCUCCUCACAGCCGCCUGGCGUCAACUCUGUCGUCCAGUGCUGCUGACGAUGAAGCAGAGACACGACAGGAGGAUGACAAGGAUGAGGAGGAAGAGGACGACGGCUUGCUAUCUGGCUCAAUGCUGCUCGAGAGGGACGAUCGAGAGAUCCCAGCUCCUUCUUCGACUUUGUUCUCGGCCAUGGGUGGUACAACUCCUGACGAGGGCGACAUCCCAGCAGUCGACGACAAGAUGGGCGGCUCUUCGCACCUUGCGCCCAUCCCUAUUCCUCGCGGCAACACAAACCUCGCGCCACCUCCAUCGGCAACGGACGCGCUGGUGUCCAGAUCAGUCAGUGGAGCAAGCGCAGCUGCCAUGCCCUCUUCAGCAGCUGUAUCAUCGCAACGCCGCUCCGUCAGUCGCCCUCGACGUUCUUCGCAUCUGCCUUCGGUCGGUGGAGAUGUAAUGGGAUCGACACCCCCGCUAUCACCACAUCUUUACGGAGAAUCGCUUGGUGUGUCGCAUCGACACAGUCGCAAGUUCAGCGUCUCGCACAAGAGUCCCAUGGCUGGCUCGAUGCCUCUGUCGCCCAGGAUUCCGCCUGCAGCUCCUUCUUCUAGACCAACAGCAUCCUCGAUCAAGGACUUCGACAUCAUCAAACCCAUCAGCAAGGGUGCUUUUGGCAGUGUCUUCCUCGCCAAGAAGCGCACUACAGGUGACUACUAUGCUAUCAAGGUGCUCAAGAAGUCCGACAUGAUCGCCAAGAAUCAGAUCACCAACGUCAAGGCCGAGCGCAUGAUCUUGAUGACGCAGAACCAGUCUCCUUUCGUGGUCAAGCUCUUCUUCACUUUCCAGAGUGCCGAGUAUUUGUACUUGGUCAUGGAGUAUCUCCCAGGAGGAGAUUGCGCCUCGCUGUGCAAGGUGCUUGGUGGUUUGGCCGAGGAAUGGGCUCGUCAGUACGUUGCUGAAGUUGUAAUCGGAUUGCAACACCUUCACUCGAAGGGUGUCGUACAUCGAGAUCUCAAGCCUGACAAUCUGCUCAUCGAUCAGAAGGGUCAUCUCAAGCUCACAGACUUUGGUCUGUCCAAGAUCGGUUUGCUUGGCCGUCAAACUCGUCAAGCUGUGGCAGCAGCAGCUGCUGCUUCCUCGGCAUCACCUGCAGCUGGUGCUGGUGGCUUCGCUGGCCGCGCAUCGGGAAGUGACUCCAACAGUGAAUCUCUACCCAGCUCGGCGGCCUCGUUCGCUUCUGAAGCGCGGCAACCAGCUCUUUCGACACCAGCUGGGACCACAGCAGGCGACACGGCCGCUUCGUUCUCACCGAUGACACCGGGUCUUGGAGGCAUGAUGCGCAACCAAUCGUUCUUUGCUGCUCCUCAGCGCGGUCGUAUCGCCAGCUCUUCAACAAAUGUCAGCGACUUUGGCGAGUCCGACUCUAAACGCGCUGUGCCCAAGCCGCUGCCUCCAGCUCGCAUCGACAGUCCAGGCAAUCUGUUCGGCGCUUAUCCGCUGCUCAACGACAAUCUCGGUCCUUCUUCAGGCGAUGGAGGUUUGAGUGUUCCCAAGCGCUUCGUCGGUACACCGGACUAUCUUGCACCAGAAAGCAUUCUGGGUAUCGGCAUGGACGACUUUGCUGUCGAUUGGUGGGCCCUCGGCGUCAUCCUGUACGAGUUCCUGUAUGGCUGUCCACCCUUCCACGCCGAGACGCCCGAGAAGGUGUUUGACAACAUCUUGUCGCGACGCAUCGACUGGGAAGAAGACUCGGUAGAAGCCUCGCCUGAGGCUCGGGAUCUGAUGGAGCAGCUCAUGUGCACAGACCCCAAGCGCCGUCUUGGUUCAGGUGGACCGGACGAGAUCAAGAACCAUCCCUUCUUCAAGGGGAUCGACUGGGACAACGUCACUGCCGAGCCAGGACCAUUUGUCCCACAGGUCACAGAUCCAGAGUCGACCGACUACUUUGACCUGCGUGGUGCCAGUAGCCAUCACGACUUUGAAGACGAGCCUGCACACAGCACACGCGAGUUUGCUCGGGCUAUCGAGGGUAACAAAUUUGUCCACACGGCAGGUCUGCCUCCUACGAGGUUGCGAUCUCGGUUGGAGAAAGCAUUGCAGCCACAGAGCUCCUCGACGCCGCAGAACGAGGACUUUGGUAAUUUCAGCUACAAGAAUUUGCCAGUGCUCAAGCAGGCCAAUGACGAGGUGAUCCGCAAGAUGCGGGAGGAGCAGAUGCCUGCGCUGACCAAGGCUCUCGAGCAAUCAGCUAUCUACACACGUCACCGCAGCUUCUCGGCCAAAGGUCGAUCAGCACAGCGUGUUCACUCGCAGAUGAUUGCGGGUCCCCCUUCGCCCGCACAGAGUGCAUCGUCUCAAGGUUCGACGCCGUCCCGCUCGACAGCACCGACUUCGCCUUCGGGACAGUUGAUCAGCUCAGCGCAUCGAAGACGUACAUCGGAGUUACCAGCCUCGGCGACAACAACCUUGUCUGCCACCACCACGCCAGAUGGUGGUGCCACUUCGGGCGAUCCUGCAGGCAAGAGCAGUGCAGGUCGAUCCCACCCUUCGCCGUCAGCAUCAGCAGCAUGGCCUAUUGGCAUUGUCGACCGACGACGCCAGCAGCUUGUUGAGGCUUCAGGCGGUGGUGAACGACGCAAUUCGAUGCCGUCGCGAUUGCGAACCAAGUCGGCAGGGAUCGCUGAUCGACCAGCUUUGCCUCCUCAGUGGCAUCAGCAGCAACAGCAGCAGCAGUCGCAAGCAACUCCAGCAUCACAGAAGCCCUCAGAAGGAGGAUCGAAGAAGCUUCCUCGUUCGAGCAUCGCUGGUGCGGCGAGUGCCACGGCUGCCUCUCCCACGACCUCGAUCUCACCUACCAACGCAUUUGCAUCUCUUCCUUCCGUGCCAGCAACAGCAACCAACACAGCGGCAGCCGCAGCCACAGCGGCGCAAUCAGGUGAGAUUGCCUGUCUGAUCGCCGAAGAUAACCCUAUCGCACUUCGCAUGCUCGAGACGAUCCUCGUCAAGCUUGGCUGUCGUUGCACUUGCGUUCGUGACGGUGCUGAAGCGGUCCGUCUCGCAAUGGGCGAUCAUAAGUUUGCCGUCAUGUUCAUCGAUGUUACCCUUCCGAUCGUCGGUGGACAGGAUGUGACGCGAAUGGUCAAGUCUACACGCAACGUCAAUUCGACCACACCCAUUGUCGCGUUGGCUUCGUUUGAUCGUGGUGAACCGAUCGAUGCUGCAGGAUCGCUGUUCGACACUGUACUGGCCAAACCGUUGGAAAAGAUCGACGUUUGUGCUACUUUGUCUCAGCUUGGAUUUACGCCUACGCAGGUCAGUGGUGGUAACGCGGAGUCAGGCGGUGGCGGACAGGAUGGUGCGUCUGGGCCAAACUCGGGUACGACGAGUGCACCAGCUGAUUCGAGACCGCUAUCGAGGAAGUCGACUCUAGCUAAGAGAACUCCUUCUCAGCCUGUGCCACGUGCUAGUACACCUCCGUUGGUGGCAGCAGCGGGGUUAUCGAGUGGUGGAUCACCUCAUCACACCCCAUACUCAAGCUCACCGCUAGGAAGUUCUGUUUUGACAUCGAAGCAUUUUGAAGCUCCUCAACAACACCACCAGCAACAAGGGCAGCAGCAGAAGGAUUCGGGAACGACGAUGGCUUCGGCGAAUCCACAUCCACCUACAUACUCGCAACUCGUAGAUAGGGAUCGAGAUCAAAGUGAUCAAGAAACGGCAGAGACACUCAGUAGGGUUGCUGAAAAGUUGUCUUUGUCCUAA